CUCUCUACUAAUUGUCAUACAAUUCAUUAUAGUGUUCAGUUUCAAUUCCUUUCCGCAUAAUUAAUAUUCGAAAUAUAUAUUAUUUUACGCAGGAUAAAAUGUGAAAUAAAUUUUUUUACAUUAAAUAAAUGAACAAGUCACAUGUCAUUCAGCAUAAACAAUUCUUGAAUUGAAUAAAAUCUCUUAUGUAACUACUCAUGAACCAAACAACCCCUGAAUACUAUAUAGUAAUGAACUUCUAAUUGUCAACCUCUUUGUACACCCAAUGACAUAAGAAAACUUAGGAUGGUUCAUAUGCUUUCUGAACUUAAGUAUUGCAUUUUCUUACUUGAAUAAGUUCACUUGUCAAAGGAGCAAUUAAAAAAUCACAUUGUGAAAAGAAUAUUCCUUUCUUUUUUUGCUUCAUGUAGUUUAGUUGAACCCAUUUUUUGCUUGACAAGAGGGAGCAAGCAUAGUUGGAAUAUAAUUAAAAAAGAACCACCUUCCGUAAGCGGUAGGCUUUUAUUGGUUGCAUAGACUAGAAAGAGGAAUAAGUUAUCAUGAUUCUCGUUAAUUACAGUUCCAAGUACUUCCAAAAAGUUGUUCGUUGAAGUAGAGAAAUCAAGAAUCAGACUGUUGGCAUCGUUCACUGCUGACUUUGCACCAUUUGAUUGGCAGCUUCUCAAUAAAAUAUUGGGUUUCUACAACACUUGGUCACUAACUUAAAUCAAGAUUUCAUCAUUUUUCACAAUAAAAGAAAAAUACAAAUAUCAAAUAUGCCUGUUUCACUUCUAUCUCCUGUAUUUUGGUGAUUGUCCAGAUACCCAAAUAGCAUAUAUAAUGAGGCCAGGGGAAGAGUAUAAUUUAGCUCAUUUUUCGUAACGUUUUGGUGAAGAGGACUGAAGUUGAAUGGAGAAAGAACCACACAAGGAUAAAAGAUGGGUCUGGCGGGGGCUCGUCCUGGUGAUUUCGGCUCUCGUUCUUGCUGCGGUUAUGUUCAGCUUCCGAAAAUAUUUUCAUCGUUCUAAUUCUUCAGAGGCAAAAGCUCACCAAGUAGUUGACAAAUAUGCAAAUGCUCUUAGCAUUGCUAUGCAGUUCUUCGACGUACAGAAGUCUGGGAAAUUGGUGAAUAAUAAGAUUGCUUGGAGAGGAGAUUCAGCUAUGGAGGAUGGAAGUGAAGUGAAUUUGGAUUUAAGUAAAGGAAUGUAUGAUGCUGGAGACCAUGUGAAAUUUGGGUUUCCAAUGGCAUUCACUGCUACAGUUUUAUCAUGGGCUAUUUUGGAGUAUGGAGACCACAUGAACAUGGUGAACGAGCUGGACAACGCCCACGAAUCCCUCAAGUGGAUCACUGAUUUUCUUAUUAAUGCCCAUCCUUCUGAGGAUGUCCUGUAUAUUCAGGUGGGGGACCCAAAGCUGGAUCAUACGUGCUGGGAAAGACCCGAGGCAAUGACAGGAAAAAGGCCCGUUACACAAAUUAAUGCAUCAUAUCCGGGGACAGAAGUUGCAGCUGAAAGUGCAGCAGCAAUGGCAGCUGCAUCCUUGGUAUUCAAGUCAAUUGACUCUGCCUACUCAGGAACUCUGCUAACGCAUGCCAAACAGUUAUUCAAGUUUGCUGAUACUUAUAGACGUUCGUACAGUAUCAGCAUACCUGAAGUGCAAAAUUUUUAUAAUUCUACUGGAUUUGGGGAUGAACUCUUGUGGGCAGCUGCUUGGCUUUAUCAUGCUUCUGUAGACAAAUCUUACCUAAGAUAUGUGUCAACAAAUGGUAACAAAUUUGCUAAUUGGGGAUAUCCAUCUUGGUUUUCUUGGGAAAAUAAGUUGGCUGGAGUUCAGGUCCUAGUAUCAAGGGUCAAUUUCUUUGGUUCAAAGGACAUUUCAACUGAGGAAAGUCUUUCCCUCCAGUCAUACAGACAAACUGCUGAGACCUUUUUGUGCGGACUUCUUCCUGAAUCCCCAGUAGCAACCUCUCAACGAACAGCAGAUGGCCUGGUAUGGGUUAACCAGUGGAAUCCAUUGCAGUAUUCUGUGGCCUCUUCUUUUUUGGCAGUUGUUUACAGUGAUUACAUGCUUAGCUCCCAAACGUCAAAUUUAUAUUGCAGCGGGAAGCUAUAUGAACCAAUAGAGUUGCGCAACUUUGCAGUUUCACAGUUGGAUUAUAUAUUGGGAGACAAUAAAAUGGAAAUGAGCUACCUUGUUGGUUACGGAAGUAGAUAUCCGCAGCAAGUUCAUCAUAGGGGUGCUUCAAUUCCGGUGGAUGCUGAUUCUAAUUGCACUGAUGGCUUCAAAUGGCUUCAUACAAGACAUCCUAAUCCAAAUGUUGCAGUUGGAGCUCUUGUCGGAGGACCAUCCUUUAAUGAUACAUACACAGAGUCUCGGAACAACACUUCGGAAAGUGAACCUACUACCUACAACAGUGCUCUCGUUGUAGGGCUCAUCUCAGGCCUUGUCACCUCUUCGUCACAAGUAGAGUCAUUUGUGAAAAACUGAAAACUUAACUCCAUCGCUGUUUUUCCCCGGCUAACUCAGCAAGCCUUGCCUUAACCUGUCAUCAGAAUUCAGAUAGCCAGCCCUCACCGGGCUGGUGGCCUAAACUAUACUCUCUCUGGAUAGGGGUGGACGUCAAGUGUGAGUUGUGGUUCAUCUGAAAUCAGUAGCUUUGGCCCCAAUCAUGUAUAUACAUAUAAAGAAAUUCACUGAAUUUGUACAAUGUAAUUGGUUUCAUACACAGUAAAUUAAAUGAAUUGUGGUGGAAU